CCAAACGAAAUGCAAAGCCCAGAGAGGGAAGAGAGGGAGAGAGAGACGGGAAAAUGCAGCCAAAGCCAACGAUUUCCUUCUUCUCGCCGCCAAAAGGGACUUUUUAUGAGUCGGAAACCGAAAGCCUCCACAAUCCGUUCGGAGUUUAAUGCCAUACAACUAGAUUACUGCCUCAAGGUUUCGGCAAACUGAGAACUCACAGUUUGAAUCAAUUGAACGCCACCGCUAUUCAAUCGAAGGCGAGCCUGUUCAUCCUCUUAUGAAGUACAAAUUGAAGGCAACCCAAAGGCGAUAGAGGUUUGGUACCAAUGGGAGAAUCAACUUCCUAUUAAGAUGGAAUCUAUAGCUGAAUAUUUGGUCUGCUGUUUGUAACUGGGAGCAAUUAUUUUUUUUUAAUUGGAUUGAUUGGUCUAAGUAAAUAUGUGUGAGCCUGAUUCUGAUGUUGCUCAGUGGGGUCUACGUCUUCUUGAUGUUGACCAACUAUUUAGUUCUACUUAUUUUGGUGACAACAAUCAAAGUGGCGGGAACAUCUCCCGUGAACAGUACAUUCAAGAAAAUAAUUACAGUACAGACUGUGGCAUAGAGAAUGAUGAGACCAUUGCAAUUGCUCUUCAGGAAGAAUAUUCCAAGCUAUCAAUUGCGGAAGAAUCUGAAACCCCACACACAGAGGAACACUUGCAAGCAUCAUCUAUUACUGCUCCUGAGUGGGUAACUCCAUCAAUAGGGAAUUAUUAUCCUGGCUACAAAGGUGGCCAGGUAGAGGGAGAUAUAGAUGAUAUGGGACCCUCGAGUUCAUGUUCUAGUCCUGAAAAUAAAUACUAUGAUGAGGAGGACUAUUCCUAUAAUCUGGAGAUAACAGAUGAAUCUGCUCUGGAUGGAGAAGUAGGCAAGAGGUUGAACCAAAUGAUUCCUGUUCCUCAUGUUCCUAGAAUCAAUGGUGAUAUACCUUCAAUUGAUGAAGUAACUUCUGAUCAUCAAAGGCUGCUGGAUAGAUUGCAAUUAUAUGGCUUGGUUGAACGCAAGGUUCAAGGAGAUGGUAAUUGUCAGUUUCGUGCUUUAUCAGAUCAAUUCUAUCGCACCGCAGAGCACCACAAGUUUGUGAGACAAGAAGUUGUUAAUCAGCUUAAGUCUGGUCAAGACAUGUAUGAGGCAUAUGUUCCAAUGGAAUAUGAUGACUAUUUGAAGAAGAUGUCCGAGAGUGGUGAGUGGGGAGAUCAUGUGACACUGCAAGCUGCAGCAGAUUCGUAUGGUGUAAAAAUUUUGGUCAUCACUUCAUACAAGGAUACUUGUUACAUCGAGAUCCUUCCAAAGUUUCCGAAGUCCAAACGAGCAGUCAUUUUCUUGAGCUUUUGGGCAGAGGUGCACUACAACUCUAUCUAUCCCCCGGGAGACGAAUUACUGCCCUGCGAUCCCAAGAGGAAGAAAAAGUGGUGGCCCUUUGGAAGCAAGCAUUAGAGAGGCUUUUGGCUCUGUGCCAUGAAAGGGCAGUUAUAUCUAAUCCCUGGUGGUGCUGGUGACGGCUUUCUUACAUUGAUGAUACCUUCUUGUUCACAACUGAUGUUGUACAUAAAUUUACCAUUAUAAUAGCCUUUUUGUUCAUUAUUUCUCAUUGCUCCGCAAAUAUGGCGCUGUCCAUGCAUGCAGCUAACUUUUUAAAACGUGACUGCAUGCUUAUGACAUUGGGAGAUUUAUUUAGAGAAGUUGAUGGCAGUAAUAACAGGGUGGAAAAUUCAUUGAGCUUC